AUGUUUGAGGAUAUUAUCUAUUUUAUCUUUUGUGCCUUGUUUCCCCUGCUUGCACUAGUCUCUUUCAAUUUCUUGAGGCAAAAACAAUGCUGUAACAAAGACAAAAGAAAGCUACCACCAGGGGAAAUGGGGUUCCCCUUGAUUGGGGAGACAAUGGAGUUCUUCAAUGCUCAAAGGAGAAACCAACUGUUUGAAGAUUUUGUUCAUCCUCGCAUUCUGAAACAUGGGAAAAUCUUCAAAACAAGGAUAAUGGGGUCUCCAACUGUGGUUGUGAAUGGAGCUGAAGCCAAUAAAUUUUUAUUGUCUAACGAGUUCAAGUUGGUCAAAAGCUCUUGGCCUUCUUCCUCAGUCCAGCUCAUGGGAAGCGACUCUAUCAUGGAGAAAGACGGUGACCGGCACCGCUUCCUCCGCGGUGUUAUUGGCACCAGCCUUGGCUAUGCUGGACUUGAGGUACUAGUUCCAAAGUUGUGCAAUUCUGUUAAGUUGCAUUUAUCUUCAAACUGGCAGGGCCAAGAAAAGAUUAGCCUUUAUCGUUCAACAAAAGUCCUGACAUUUAGCAUAGUGUUUGAGUGCUUGUUGGGGAUUAAUGUGGAGCCAGGUAUGCUAGAUACCUUUGAAAGAGUGUUGGAAGGAGUAUUUUCUCCAGCAAUUAUGUUUCCAGGUUCAAAAUUUUGGAGAGCAAAAAAAGCCAGGUUGGAGAUAGAAAAGAUGUUGGUCAAAGUGGUAAGAGAGAAGAGAAAAGAAAUGGAAGAAAGCUUGCAAAGAGAAGAAGAUGGAAUGCUGCUUUCUAAAUUGGUAUCUGGGAUGAUCCAAGGGGAGAUCAGUGAAAAAGAGGUCAUAGACAAUGUGGUGCUGCUAGUUUUUGCAGCUCAUGAUACUACUUCUUUUGCUGUUGCUAUGACAUUCAAGAUGUUGGCUCAGCAUCCUGAUUGCUAUAGUAAACUUCUUCAAGAACAUGUUGAUAUAAUGAGCAACAAAAGUGGGGGUGAGAAUCUCACAGUUGAGGACAUAAAGAAGAUGAAGUAUACCUGGCAAGUUGCUAGAGAAAGCAUGAGACUGUUCCCUCCAAUCUUUGGCUCAUUCAGGAAGGCAAUUACUGAUAUUGAAUAUGAAGGAUUCACUAUACCAAGAGGAUGGAAGGUGCUAUGGACAACAUAUGGUACACAUUAUAAUGAAAAGUAUUUUAAGGAUCCUAUGAGUUUCGACCCAAGUAGGUUUGAGGAGGGAAUACCCCAAUAUGUGUUUGUUCCCUUUGGAGGAGGGCCAAGAGUGUGUGCAGGGUACCAAUUAGCCAAGUUAAAUAUCCUUAUCUUUGUGCAUUAUGUUGUGACACAAUAUGAGUGGUUCUUACUGUAUCCAGAUGAGCCAGUCACAAUGGAUCCCCUGCCCUUCCCUUCUCUUGGAAUGCCCAUCAGAAUUUCUCCCAAGUUUACAUGA